GGUCUAAAUAUUCAUUGGGAAUGUGUUAGUUUAGUUAUUUAAGUCAGGAUAAGCUAACUUUAUUAAAUAUCAAAACUGAAUGGUUUUCAUUACGUUCCAUUUUUUGAGCGUGGAAAUGCAAUAUUCACUGAACAUAAUUCCUGAACGAAUGAUUCAUGUGAGCCGGUUCUUUUAAAGUAAAACAUGUCUAUUGGUGUUCCCAUCAAAGUCCUGCAUGAAGCAGAGGGUCACAUCGUGACGUGUGAGACCAACACAGGUGAGGUGUACAGAGGCAAGCUGAUCGAAGCAGAGGAUAACAUGAACUGCCAGAUGUCCAACAUUACAGUGACCUAUAGAGACGGCAGAGUGUCACAGCUGGAGCAGGUGUACAUUCGCGGCAGCAAAAUACGCUUCCUCAUUCUGCCAGACAUGUUGAAAAAUGCCCCUAUGUUGAAGAGCAUGAAAAACAAAAACCAAGGUGCAGGAGCUGGAAGAGGCAAAGCUGCUAUUCUCAAAGCUCAAGUCGCAGCGAGGGGCAGAGGUCGAGGAGGACCAGGAGGAAGGGGAAAUAUUUUCCAGAAAAGACGAUAAUAUGAAUACUGUUUUAAUCACGGUGUCAUUUUGUACAGUUUUUUUUAAAAUGAGAAAUUGUGCUUUUUUUAUUAUUUGGUAAAUUUGGUGAUCUUGUAGUUUUGUUGAUUUUGCUAUUCCCCCCCCCCCACUUUUCUCAUGUAAUAAAGCUGUUUACUUAAAUAAGAAUACUGUUUUACAGUGCUGCUAAACCAGUCAUUCCUUAAUCGUAUCUCAUUACAUUUAUUAACAGUUAAAAACCUAAA